UUAAAAUACGCAUUGCGUAUCAUCCGACUUCAUAGCAUUUCUUAAAAAAAUCAAAAGUUGACAUAAUGUUGUUUAAUUAAUUUAAAUGACUUAAUUUAAAAAGCUAUAAAGAGAAAUAAACUUUCUGUUUUUGGAAUUACUUGGAAAAUUUUGUUUUAUAAAAUUUGCGAAGAACUCUUUUUAUGACAUUUGGAAAUGAAAGUUGUCGGAGAUAAAGGUAGAAAUGAAGGAGAAAUGGAGAUGAAAGUGGAUGAUCUUGUUUGGUUUGAUAAUGGUUCUGGAAAUGACUUUUUAACUGCUGGAACUAUUGUAGAAAUACAAGAUUCAGUAGCUAUUGUUCAUGCUCAAGGACAGUCUCAUGAAAUCGAAAUUAGACACUUAAAAAAAAGAGAUGAAACAGGUGCAGAUGGAGAAGACAACAUGAUAAAAUUAAGAGAUGUACAUGAAGGUUCAGUGAUUUUUAAUCUUAAGAAGCGUUUUUAUAGAGGAAUCAUCUAUACAUACAUUGGAAACAUACUAUGCUCAGUAAAUCCCUAUAAGCUAUAUAAUAUAUACUCCUUAGAUAUAUUGCAUCAAUAUGAAAAUAAAUUGUUAGGAAAAUUACCACCACAUAUUUUUGCUAUUGGGAAUAUUUGUUAUUACAACAUGCAGAAAGACAAUGAAGACCAAGUGAUCAUUCCCAGAGGAGAUUCUGGAAGUGGAAAAACAGAAUUAAUUAAACUCACUGUAAAUUAUUUGGCUAAUGCUAAUGUUAUGGGAAGUAGUCUUGUGAUUGAGCAGAUUUUAGAAAGUUUUUCAUUGUUGCAAUCAUUUGGAAAUGCAAAAACAGUAAUUAAUGAUAACUCUAGUCGGUUUGGAAAGUAUAUUGAAAUAUUAUAUGAAAAUGGAAGGAUUUCUGGUGCAGUAAUUUCUAUUUACUUACUAGAAAAAUCAAGAAUAGCAUACCAACAUCCUGGAGAUAGAAACUUUCAUAUUUUUUAUGAAAUGCUUGCAGGUUUGCCUAUAGAAGACCAAGAAGCUAUGGGCCUUGAUAAACCUGAUCUUUUCUUUUACUUAAACCAGGGUGCAAGUUCAAAAAUUGUUUCUAAAAAUGACAUGCAGGAUUUUCAAAAUGUUAUUGCUUCUAUGGAAGUCCUUGGAAUAAAUUCAGAAGAAAGACAUGGAAUAUUUUGUUUGUUAUCAGCCAUAUUGCAUAUUGGAAAUAUUUAUUUUGGAAGAACCCAAAGAAAUGGAGAAGAAGCAGCAGUCAUAAUGAAUAAUGUAGAAGUAGAUUUUAUAUCAAAACUUCUGCAGGUUGAUGUGGUAGGCGUUGCAAAGUCUCUUACACAAAAAAUUACAAAUGCUGGAGGAGAACAUUUUCGCUUACCAUUUAAUGUUGAAGAAGCUCUAGAUGCACGAGACGCACUUGCACAUGCAUUGUAUUCUCGUUUGUUUACAUGGAUAGUAUCUCGUAUUAAUACUACAUGUACAGUGAAAAACGAAAGCAUAGAUCAUUUGAAAAUUUCUCUGCUUGAUAUUUUCGGUUUUGAGGCAUAUCGUAUUAAUGGUUUUGAACAGUUUUGUAUAAACUUAGCAAAUGAGUAUAUUCAUCAGCAUUUUAUUCGUCAUGUAUUUAUCGAUGAACAGGAGGUUUAUGAUGAAGAGCGUCUUCGUAUAAAACCCAUUGACUUUCAUGACAACUGUUUAUGCUUGGAGUUAAUUGUAAAACCACCGAUUGGGAUUAUACAUUUACUAUCUGAUGAAAGCACUAUUUUCCAGGCUACAGAUCGUUCUUUUCUUGAUAAAUGUCACCAAUAUCAUGCACGCAAUGAACAUUAUGUAAAACCUAAAUACGGAACUCCAGAAUUCGGGAUUAAUCAUUAUGCUGGUGUUGUGCAUUACCAGGUAGACAUGUUUUUACAAAAGAAUCGUGACUUUGUUCGUCCUGAAUUUUUUGAACUUCUUAUUUAUAGUAGAUCUAUGUUUAUUGCAAGCUUAUUUCCUGAAUUUCUUGAUAAUCGUGAAAUUCAUAUGAGUCAACCGUUUGCAACUCUUGAUUCUCAUCAUAGUUUUACAGUUUCUGAAAAAGGAAAAACAAAUCGCUUGAGCUCAAAUGUUAUUUCUUCUUAUAACGAAUCAUUACAAAAUUUGCUUGAAAAAAUAUCAAAGUCCUCAUCAUUUUUUGUUCAGUGCAUUCGUCCAAACAUCGACAAGUCUCCAUUAAAUUUUGAUGAUGUGCUAGUUAUGUCUCAGAUUCAAUCAUAUGGUAUUGUUGAGACGAUUAAAUGGAGACAGAUUGGUUUUCCAAUUCAUAUGUCUUAUGCUAGUUUUGUUAAAAGAUAUUUUGUACUCUGUGGAAAACCCAAAAUAAUUUUAAGAAACCCUCCGAAAGAAAAUAGUAAAAAAAUAUGUGAUCAAAUUCUAAAGACUGCUCCAGAAAGAUCUAAUGAAUAUGAAAUGGGAGAAAACAAAAUUUUUCUAUGUGAGUCAUUUCAAUGGUACUUAGAAGAAGCAAGGACAGAAGUAAUAAAAGUUAAUGCUAUCAUGGUGCAGAAACAUAUUCGUGGUUGGUUAAAAAGAAAAACUUAUCAACGUGAAAAAGAUGCUGCCGUUCUAUUGCAAAGUCACAUUAGAGGCUUUUUAGCAAGAAAAAAGGUUGCACGGGCUCGUCGUGGUAUUGUAAAGUUUCAAUCUUUAUACAGAAUGUAUAAAAACAGAAAAUUCUUUAUCCACAAUAAAACAAAUGAGCUUAACAGAAUAUCAAAGCGUCAAAGAGAGUUUCUUUCACAUGUCCAUUAUGCUGAUAAACUUGAGUAUGAGAAAGUUGUUGAUAUAACACGAUUUGAUAUUCCACCAGAUCUUGCAGCCGUAUUAGUCAGAUUAAAGCAUUGGGAACCAAUUCACUUAGACUACAAUAUCAUAGCAGUUGAUAAAGUAGCACCUUGGGAUUAUGCUGAAUGCACUCUUCCUGGCGAUAUUGAUUUGUGUCAGUUUUCGAAAUUUGCCAAGUUGUUUUUUCAGGACAACAUUGGUAUAACUUAUCGAAAAGUCCCUCUUAGAACAUCACUUCUUAAGCAAAAGUAUACAGAAAUUGUUGAAGCCGUAAUUAGUUUUAAACUUAUAAUGCGAUUCAUGGAUGAUAUUACUAUGAAUGGUUUAAGACAAAUUGUUUUAGGAAAUUACAUUGUAAACAAAGGGAUUCGUCAACCUGAACUGCGUGAUGAAAUUUAUUCACAGUUAGUUCUUCAAACUCAAAACAAUCCAUCUGAGCAAAGUCUCUAUCGUGGAUGGUUUCUUAUUGGUUUAUGUUUGUGCUGUUUUCCUCCAUCCUCUCGAAUGAAUAAAUAUUUGCUUAAAUAUAUUUCUGAUAAUGGUUAUGAUGAAUAUAAACCAUUUUUUCAACGCAAGCUAUUAUGCUGGGAUGUAAACUCAACUGGUAGAGUAUUUCCACCCACUCUACUAGAAUGGAAAUCUCUUUCAGAGUUGUCAAAUAUAUCAUUGAUGUGUGAAAUGGCAGAUGGAUACCAACAGGUUAUUGAAGUAGAAUCGAGUGCUUUAGGAGAAAAUGUUGCUAAAUCAUUCUUACACGUUAGAGAUAUUGCUGAUCCAGCUGUAUCGGGUUGGUCAUUCUAUUUGCAAUUUGAAAGAUCAUGUCGUCUUGAUCUUUGUGGGGAUGAUACAAUUCUUGAUCUUAUAUCUACUUUAGAACAACCUCUAGGAUUUCCUUGUAGCAUGGCGCACACCUGCAUUUCAUUAGAUAGAGCUAAUCCAAUGCCUCCAGGCCGAAAAGAAAUCAUUAUAGAAGCUCACAAAUCAUAUACUCAUCGUACACGGUUGGAACGUUUACGACAAGCAUAUUCAGAUGAGUUAUCUUCACAGCCUCUUGUUUACCAUCAGGAUGAAAAUAAUGAGAUACCUUUCCUUGCAUCUCGAAGAGCUAGUGGCCAAGAUCUAUUUUUUUUGCCUGAUGACAGAUUUUUUUAUAAACCUUCUACACAGCUACCAUCUUAUUUCAACAAUGAAAACCAAAUAAGGUCUAGAUAUUUUAAUCAAGAGUCUUAUCUUCGUGAUCCAUAUCAGCGUUUCAAUGAUGCAGUUUAUUUAAACAAUCAACCGAACGAGUUAGAAGAAGUUUUUAUGCAGCGUGUUCAUCGAAAAAAAGUUCCUCCUCCACCUGCCCCACCACCUCCUCCUAUUAUGCCAUCAGCAUCCCACCCAAAUUCUGCUGCCUCAUCUAGAGCAAAUACUUUAAACAAAAAAAAUAUUCCAAAACCUCCAUGGGAUAUGGAGGAGGUUUUGCAACGAUCAAAUGAAAUAAAAUUCAAACGUGACAAAAGUGCAGCAAAUGGUUCUUAUGAAUUAGCAACAAAAAAUCCUUCCUCAGAAAAAACAGGAAAUUAUUCAGGAAAAUAUCAAGGCAGAUCUGUUUCUGAUAUUAUUGCACGAAGUCAAGAAAUUAUUGAUUUGUCUGGAGAUAUUCGUGCAAAUGAUCAAACUUUGCCAAGAGGAACUAAGAAGUUACAACCUUCAAUACUGAGUCCUUUAAGUGCUUCUCUUUCUAAGUCUUCAAAGAACCGGUUUGCAAAUAUUGCUAAUCGAUUUGAACAUCAAAAAGGUUAUGAUAGACCUACAUCUUAUGGAACGCAUGGAUCAGGAGUAUCUGCAUUUGUUGACAACAUCUUUGAGCCAGUUUUUGCUGAUGAAAAUGAAGAAAUUUUUCAAAAUAAAAAACUACUAAACCAAUUAAAAGGUGGAGGCUUUUAUCCAAAUCGCAUACCAAAUGAAAUUGCGUACAAUCAUAAUCACAUUUAUUCAAAUGUUCAUUCAACCGACCCACAGUUAAUGCUUAUGAACCAACUUUCGCAACAACAGCAAUAUGUUCAAAAUGAACUUUUUAAUGUAAAAAGAACUGAAAAUGCACCACAAUCACAAAACUUUUAUGAAGAUUCUAAUGAUCAAUUUCAAAGGAAUUACUUUCCGAAUCCUUCUUCUCCACCUCCUAUAGGUUUCAAUAAACCACCACAGUCUGCAGAUACUGUUAACGUAGUGAGGAGACUUCCUUUUAGAAUGCCAGGAGUUGUUAAGGGAAUAGAAGAAAGCUACAAUCCUGAAUAUGAAGCAAUGAUUAACAAAACAUUUGCUCAUAGAAAAGAUUGGACAGAUAGUGAUGAGCUUACUCAUUCAGUUCUUUAUCCUCGUCAGAACUUACCUUAUUUGACAUAUACUAAUACCCGCUGGAAAAUUUUUUUAAAGAAAGAGAUUUUUUUUCCAAAUGAAAUUAUGAAUGCAACAUUAAAGCAUUUGAUUUAUAGACAAAUAUUGGAUGAUUUGGGCAGUAGGACAUGUGCUAGGCUUUCAUUAGAAGAUCGCUACAAAAUGCAAAGAUUACUAGGAAAUAAAAAUCUUGUACGCCACCUAAAUGCACUAGUACCACCUGACAGGGUUCUUAUGCAGAUCAUAGACUUUACAAAAGAUCUUCCAUUAUACUUUUCAAGAUUGUAUAGGGUUAAUGGCUAUGCUGAAAGAAGUUUUAGUACUUUUCUUGCUGUUUCACAUUCAGGCGUAAGAUUUGUGACAAGAGAGUCUGUUGAAGAUGAGUUAACAACAACAAGUCAUCUAAAAUAUAAUGAUAUAAUUGAAGUAAAAGCAGUUAAUGAAAAAGUUACCUUGGAUACACCUGAUCGAAAGAUUGUGUUACAUACUGUGAAGGCUGCAUCAAUUAAAAAGUUAAUUGAUGUUUACAUGAAGGCUGCUGAAAAGCAAGAAAAAUAUGUCAAAGCUCUUGGUGACUAUGUUGCGCCAAACCAAGAUCAUUUAUCGUUUAAAAAAGGAACAAUAAUUAAAGUUUAUAACAAGAAAGAUAUUGAAGUUGGUAUGCUCUGGGGAACUAAUGGUGAUUAUAGAGGAAAGUUUCCAAUUACACUGGUCAAAGAUUAUGAGAGAGUUCAAGGUGAAAAUUUUAAAGUAACAGCUGAAAAGAACUUGACAAAUAAAAAAGGCGGCACUACAUCUGAAUCAGAACCUUAUUCUAUGAUGGAAUUUGCAAUGAGAUAUUACAGCCUGCCAGAAAUUUCAGAAGCUGGAAAACUUACAACACUUCGCAAAAACCUUUCAGUAAACGAUGACGAGUCAAUGUGGAACUAUAUCAAUAGUUUAGUUGUUUUUGGAAGGGAACCUUUAUCUGGUUCGUUGAUAAAUUUUAACAAUAAGUCACUUAGUCGACAAGCUGCUGAUAUUAAUAAAGCUAUAAUGAAGUUUAUGGGUGAUUUAAAGAGAGAUCGUCAAGAAACAAAUAAUGAACUUAUAGCUAUGGUUCUCCGGAAUGGAAUUGAAAAUUUAGACAUGAGAGAUGAGAUUUACUGUCAGCUUGCCAAGCAGACAACUAAUAACAAAAGUGAAAACAGCGAAAGUUGUGGGCGUGGUUGGAAAUUACUGAUGUUAUGCACUGCUUACUUUGAUUGUUCUGAACUACUAAGACCCUUCUUGAAUAAAUUUUUUCACAGUGCUUCUGCUUCCAGCAAUGAAUUUUCUUCUGCUGCUAGUGCUUGUGAACUAAACUUGUCUCGAUCUUUUAAGUAUGGUGGUCGAAAACAACUUCCUAGUGAAAAUGAGUUGUUUAUGUUCAUGCAAGGCAAAAAUUCAAAACAUCAAAUUGUUGAACUUCCUGGUGGAAUCCAAAAGUUGUGUAAAGUGCAAACUAGUACAACUGCAUAUGAUUUGGUCAAAGAUAUUUGUCAGGAAAUGGGACUUUAUUCAGAACAAGAGCAUGAGGAAUAUGGUGUUUAUGUUUUUUUUCAAGAGCAAAAAUUGCUGGUUCCUAUGCAAGACACAGAUUAUGUAUUUGACACUUUCGCUCAGAUUGAAAAGGAAAAUCUAGCAUUUACAGUUGCUUUUAGGAAAGUAAUUUGGUAUCAUACAAUGCGGUUUGCAAACAACUUGUUUACUGAAGUGAUCUAUAAUCAAAUUGUGCCUGAUGUGUAUAAUGGCAAUAUCAUCCAUUUUAAAGGCAAUAGAACAAGUCAUAUAAGAGAUCAACAAACACAAAAUGAGAUAGCUUUGCUAGCUGCUCUUCAGCAUCGCAUCAGUAACAAACAUAUCAGCCCUACUGAAGAAGAUAUCUUGUCUCUGAUUCCUCCUCUGAUUUCGAACCUUCUUACUUCAAUGCAAUGGUUACACAUUGUAGAUGAUCACUUCAGGUUGAUUAAACAUUUCACUGUUUCGAAUGCAAGAACUAAGUACUUGGAGCUAAUUUCAGCAUGGGUAUAUUUUGGUUCUUCUUUUUUUUACAUUCAGAACUGCGAACAUCCAGCUGUUGAUGGCGAUGGUAUACUUGCUAUCAACAAAAAUGGUGUUCACAUUUUAUCCAGAUAUACAAGGGACACUUUGCUCUCGUUUUCAUAUUCUGAAAUUAUUUCAACGCGUCAUCUUCGAACAGAUUCUGGUCGCUUGUUUGUUGAUUUGAAAACAGGAAAUUUAAUGGUUCAAAGAGUUACACGGUUGGAGACUCCUAGGGGAAAAGAGAUUUCCAAUAUGAUAGCAAGAUACGUACGAUGUAUAUCUCUUGAUAAUAACAAAGAAAAAGAUUAACAAAAAUUAGAUUUGAUUUAUAUUAGCAAGUAUUAAAAACAAUACUAUUUAACCAUAAUUAUAAAUGCGUUCAAAAGAAACCGUUUAUUCAUUAUAAACGGUUUCAUAUUCGUUUAUAUUAAAAAAAUCCUUGAAAAGAAGUAACAACUCUGAUGAAAUUUAAAAAUGUUCGGAUAAAUCAUAAAACUAGAAUUCGUGAGAAAUUUUAUGAAUCAAGAAACAAAAAAUUAUAAACACUAAACUGAUUAGAUGAAAACAUUUUAUACAGGAUUCAUACAGAUUCAUACAGAAUACAGGUUUCAUGAUUUUUUAAUGAACAAUGGCAAUGUCGUUAUUUGCUUCUUACUUAUCUUCUUUUUUUUUUUGUUUUUUUUUUUUUGCAAUUUUUAAAUGCAAAAAAAUCAGCAGUUAUUUUUUCAA